GCAACGCUAACCAGUUCCACUUUCCGCUGCCAUUCCUUCCGAGAGAAAAAUGGUGAGAAAAAUGAAACCUCGUGUCGCCGCUGCUAUCGACUUCAAUCGUGCGGAAAUCGUUCAGCCAGUGCGCGGUUUUGCCUAAGAAAGGGCACCGGAACCAGAGCUACGCUUUGACAGCGAACCACGACUCGACGAAUGGUACUAACCUAUUGGGGGGGAAGAAACAAAAAAAGGCAUCAUAACCAUUCGACAAACAGCACGCUUUCCUAGCAGCUAGCAAGAGAGAGAGAGAGAGAGGGAGCACAUUGUGCCCAAUGCUUGCCCCGUGCCUGUGUGUCAUAAGAGGUACAAAUUACAGCUCUUGCUUGUGCGGUGUGGAAACAUGCAGCAUACAUGCUAACCAUGCCCGCGAUAUCGGGUAGGAUCGGAUGAAGAGAAAGUUACAGAUUCAAACCAAACGGGCACACCAUUUAAAUUAUAGACCGUUUGCGCUAACAGUUCCCUAAAAUCCCCCCCGGAACGGAUGAGGUUUGGCUGUGCUAGAAGCUAUAGUAGGUAGUAGCAGGCAGUGGGCACUUUACACAUGAGUAAACCCAUUCAAAAUGGGAUUAAAAAAAUGAAACCCAUCAUAACACUGCCGCUCUGCUCGCUACUCGCUGCUGGUCAUGCUGGUUAGAAAUCGAAGAUUAUUGAGCACUGCUGUGCAUCGUGCACCACACCACUACACGCAUCGGAAGUAGCGUGGCGUUGUAUAACAACACGAUCGUCACCUUCGCAUCAAUAUUCAUCUCUGUGAUGGGGUCGGUCCCUGGUGCAACUGGUCCCGGUGAUUGAAUCCCGGCCCUCGAAGUCAGUCGCUUGCAGGUGGUGUUCAUAGACACAGGCAGCUAGGCUAGGGUGUAUUGCAAGCGCUUUGCAGCAGAGAACGCGUGCCAGGGGGUCUGUCAUCCAUUACACGUGGGUUAGCUGUUUGCACCGCAGUCGGAAGAACCACACCCAAACGCAAACCCUUCACGCCAACCAUGGGCAAUUCGAAGAUUUCACGCGAUCCAAAGAAGGAGGAAAGCAGCCCAACGGUGGAGGAAGAGGGUGUGGUGCCGGCGGAACCAUUGCCGGCACAGAAACCGUCCCAAAACGAAAUCUCGCGUAUUACGAUGGCAAACGCAGAGUCCGGCGCUGAUCAGGCCGAUCGUGGCAUGCGAAAGGAGUACUUCAACAGCAGCGGAGCGGGCAAGUUUUUGCCGCCGGUGCUGAAACUGCUCGAGCUGGCUGUCGCAAUCGUUUGCAUCGGACUGAUCGAUGAUCCGGCCCACCAUUCGCGGCUGCGCGUGUUCAUCUCAUCGCGCACCGUUGCGCUGGCCUACGGGACGUUCGUCUUGUUUCUGGCAUUUUCCGUGGUUUAUCUGUUCGGAAAGGUCAUUCGAGACAACUUUCCGUGGAAACUUAGCUCGCUGCUGAACUUGACCGGUUUCAUCUUAUACCUGGCGACCGCCGCCUGCAUCUUGAACGACUGGUCCGAGACGAAAAACCGCAACUACUGGCCGCCUAACACACAAAGAAUGGAUUUCCUGUGCGGUGCUGGCUCGGUUGCAGUGGUCGGCGCAUUGUUCUAUCUGAUCGAUCUAAUUGUCACCGUGCGCCUAGGCAUGAAGGGUGAAAUCGAAUGAACACAUCGCCAUCCCCGAUGGGGGCACUUUUCUAACACUACGUUAACGUUAG